UCUAGGCCCUGCAGCGAUAGUCUAAGUUCUCUCGUAAGGUAUAAAUUACAUCACAUUUGAUGUAACAGAAGUCAUUGUGGCUGACAUGCCUGUGAGCGAGUCACUUUCAUAUACCCGUUUUGAUGUCAUUAGUAUUUCCUUUCCCAGAAUCCUCCUGUGAUGAGGGCAAAGCUGCAAGGCAAGACCUCAAUAGUGCAAGCCGACACAGAUCGACGUUUUGCAGAUGCUUUACAAUCACCUUUUCUUUGGAGAGCAUUCCUAAAGUCUCCGCUGAAAGUAUUCUUCUUUAUAAUCCAAUAAGGAGGCUAAAGCAAAAACAAGUCUGACUAAUCUAAUAUAAACAUACAAACGCUUUAUUGGUUUUAUUAUCAUGCAGUAUGUCCCAUCUGUUAGAUGUUCUUCAACAUCCCUCGCAGUUAGUCACCAUUUGUUGAGGAAGAUUGGCACUGCUGUCCGCUUUUCUUAUCCCUCGCCUUUUUGAGUCUUUUUUUUUUUUGCAGCUUUUGUUUAAACACGCAUAUUUUGGAUGCAAAUUGAGGUUUGUUAUGCAAUAUGCCCCAUUUGACAGAUUUAUCUCAACAUCCUUCAGCAUUAGUCAUCAGUGGCUCUGACCAGAAAAACCCACACCCACUGAAUUCUGCAGAAAACUCAACACCAAGGUCUCCUUGUAUUGUUUUAUCAGGUGUUUUGGUUAAUUAACGGGGGGGUUUCCAAGGUAGGUUUCAUAUGACAUAAAAAGUCGAUGUUUUGUGUCAGUUUUUUAUUUUGUACAUUUUCAUAACCAUUUUACCUUCAUUCUAACUUCCCAGAUUUUGCAGAAACUUCUUUACCUGCAUAUGCAACCUUUGUGCAACCAGUCUAUUUAUUCAUACUGUUUAAAGUAUUGUUUGUGCAUAAUGGUUGUCAACCAGGUGUCAUGCUGAACUUAUUUUUUUAACCAGCGUCAUAUACGCACAAUCUGAGCGUGUUUAUGACAGGCUCUCCCUGCAGUAGGGCUUCCCAUUAGCAGAAUUACCGCCGCUCAACAUGUGUUAUUAGCUCCUGUGCAGAAAUGAAAAAAGGUGCUCGUAACGCCCGAGGCGCAACAUCUCCUUUAAACAUCAGUCAUAAAAAAAACCCUUGCCACCACCCCUCUGUUCUCUCCCAGCCAAUCGGACGCCAGGAACCGACCAGGUCGCCCUUGCAAAAAACCCUUAAUGUGUCCCAAAGUUUUGGCAUCUACUGCACAGGUCGUCUUCAGUCAGAGAGGCCCGUGGGCACCGCUGAAGACGGACUGGAAGGGGACGACACAUUUCUGGGCCAAAGGACAAAACUUCUGCAUCCAUUCAGACUCUCACAUCCCAGUUGAGGGACAGAAACAUGACUCCUCAACUCAGCACGAGCAGGGGUCGCAUCUGGCGACGGACGUUGGCGGGAUGUUUAACACGUUUGAUUGUCUUCAUGUUACUCUGUGCACCAGCUCUCGCUCAGCUGGAUCUGAACAGAUUAGAUGGCGACACAGUGUGCCCAACCAUGAAGAAUGGACAAGAUGACCUUCCAGGGUUUGAUCUGAUAACGCAGUUUCAGUUGGACGUCAUUCCCAUGAGGGGCGUCAGAAAGGUAGAAGGGUCCACACCCCUCCAGGUGGCGUACAGACUUGACCGAGAGGCCAAUUUCCAGAUCCCAACCAGGCUGAACUUUCCAAGGGGCUUCCCGGAUGAGUACUCCUUCAUGACCACCUUCCGCAUGAUCAAGAACACCGUCAACAAGGUGUGGAACAUCUGGCAGGUGGUGGAUGAAGACGGCCUGAAGCAGGCAGGCAUGCGUCUGAAUGGAGACCAGCAGGCCCUGGAGUUCUUCCUCACCACUAUGGAGGGAGAUGUGCAGACCGUCACCUUCCCAGGCCUUUCCGUCCUCUUCAACACUAAAUGGCACAAAGUGAUGGUUGGUGUGGAGAAGGAGCUGGUGACGCUGUACGUGGACUGUCACCCUGUGGACCAGAAACCCAUCAAGAGGAAAGGAUACGUCAACACCGAAGGAGACACUCUGAUCGGAAGACUGGAUUCUGAUCCCAACACCUCUGUAGUGUUUGAGUUGCAGUGGAUGCUGAUUCACUGUGACCCGAAGAGAGCGCAGAGAGAGAGCUGUACCGAACUUCCUCAGUCUGAGAUGUAUGCCAAUGCUGAGCCAGACCCCAAGCCGAUCCCUGGUCCCCCCGGUCCUGAGGGUCCUGAGGGGCCUCGUGGAGCCCAAGGAGAAGCUGGCAGAGACGGGAGAGAUGGUAUUCCAGGCACCCCAGGCACUCCUGGAGCUCAGGGCAGUAAAGGAGAUCGAGGAGAGAUCGGACUUCCAGGACAGAGGGGAUUGCAGGGCCCUGCGGGACCAUUGGGACCGAUGGGCCCCAUGGGACCACGAGGACCGGUGGGAGAAAGAGGUCUCCCUGGCUUCCCUGGACCUGCUGGACCCCCUGGACCAGAGACCGUUGGGCCUCCAGGAACCCCAGGGAAGCCUGGUACUCCAGGAGAUGAGGGAAACAUUGGACCAGAGGGUCCUCCUGGGCCCAGAGGAGGACUUGGGCUCCCAGGACCGCCAGGCCCACCAGGACCUCCAGGACCAGCAGGGCCACAAGGUGCUGGGAACCCUGAGGGAAGUGGGGAGACUUGCCAGACAACAUGUCCAGCUGGACCACAGGGACUGCCUGGUCUGCCGGGGAUGAAGGGACAUCGAGGUCUUCCUGGCUUGGACGGUGUGCCAGGUACCCUAGGCGAAAAGGGAGAGCGAGGGGUCGGUGGAGAGCAGGGUCCUCCCGGACGUCCAGGAGAUGAUGGUCAGCGAGGGCCAAUCGGAUUCCCUGGACCCCAUGGCGAUAAAGGAGAUCGGGGUCCUCCUGGAUUCAACGGGAUCCCAGGACCUACCGGACCACCAGGAUCACCAGGCGUUGAAGGCAUUAGAGGGCGACAGGGACAUCCUGGGCCUAAAGGAGACGAUGGCGCGAUUGGAGCACCUGGAGAGAAAGGAGCUUCUGGAGCCAAGGGUGACACUGGUGAGCCAGGAAAGCACGGAUCCGAUGGAGCGCAGGGAGUUUCAGGGGAGAAGGGCGAGCCAGGUCUUCCCGGAGGCAUUGGUGUCAGAGGAAUUGUGGGAAUUCCGGGUUUACCGGGAAAACAGGGACUCGUGGGACCUGCAGGCCAGAAGGGUGAUACUGGCGCUGUAGGACCGACCGGUCCAGUUGGGCUUCCUGGUAAAGAUGGAGCGCUUGGACCGACGGGAGAAGAUGGAACUCCGGGAGCCAAAGGAGCCACUGGUGAGCCAGGAAAACAGGGUCCGGUCGGCCCGAUGGGCUUACAAGGAAUCCAGGGAGAUAAAGGCGACCAUGGUCUCAUGGGCCCUCGUGGAAUCAAGGGUCACACGGGUCAUAAAGGAGACCAGGGCCCGAUAGGUCCCGUUGGUCCCAAAGGAAGCGAGGGAGAUCCAGGUGUUGCAGGAGAUCCAGGCGUUAAGGGUGAUCAGGGGCCUCCGGGUGUUCCUGGCAUCAAGGGCGAGAGUGGACAGAAAGGCCUGAGAGGAGCUACAGGAGCCGAUGGUCGUCCGGGACAGCCGGGUCAUGAGGGUCUGACCGGACCGCAGGGAGCCAGGGGUCUGGAGGGGGAGCGAGGACUUCCAGGACCUGCUGGUCCCAGAGGUCUACCUGGGCUCAAGUUGAGCGACGAGAAGAUCCGUGAUAUUUGCUCAGCUAUUGUUGAAGAACAUUUAGAUGCCUACAAGAAGGAACUAGCCAAGAAGCCUCUUCCCAUCGGAGCCCCUGGUACUCCAGGACCCAUGGGACCACCAGGACUACCGGGACCUGCAGGUCCUGCUGGAGAAGUCGGACUCAGAGGAAUGAUGGGCCCCAAGGGGCCUCAAGGAUACUACGGUCUUCCUGGAAAACCAGGAGCCAAAGGCGACGCAGGACAAAAAGGUGAUAAGGGAGAUAACGGAAUCGGAAUUCCAGGAAUCCCUGGAGAACCUGGACCACAAGGACCAGCUGGCAAGCCUGGCAUCGGUAAGGACGGCCAGGACGGGGCCAGAGGAGACGCCGGUGUUCCAGGAACCCCAGGAACCCCUGGAGCCAGAGGACCCGUGGGGGCCCCCGGUCUUUGUGAUCCUUCAAACUGCUUUAGGCCUCAACCUCUUUACCUGGUUGGCGGGAAGAAAUCCAUCAACAUCAAGGGUCCAUGAACAGAAACCUAGAAACCUUCAUCACGGUCAUCAUCAGGUAGUCCAUCUCCGACAAACAACAAAGAGACUUCAGAUGACGGGAGAAACAAACGUGACAGAUGUAUAGAGACCUACGGAUGCAGCUCCUGAUGGAUCCAGAUCACAUGGUUUAUCGUUGUACCUUGUACAUAAACUAGAAGAAAAUGUGUUUGUUCUUUCAGAUGGUUUACAGUAAAUCGCAGAUAAAUAAAUUAAUUGGAAAUCAACGUUUCAGUCCUUAAUCAUGCCGUUGAAUUGCAAUCCUGCAAGUGUUUUUGAAAUAUUUUUUUCAUAAAACGUGACCGUAAAGACUGACUUUAGACAUGGUGCCAGAUGUUAAGCUACGCCAACACAGCAACAGUGUGAUCCAACAACAGCUUGAA